AUGAAGAGGAAUUGCGUCAUUUUUGUGACUGCCUUCGGGGAUAUCUUCGGCACCGUACAACAGCUCGGACAUCGACUGGGUCAUGUCCGAGCUGCCUCGCGCUUCCAGGCCCCCAUCAACACGCUCACCUGGCUAUGA